AUGGGAUCUGGCCUCGGUGCUGCUCUUGUUGUCAGAACACCACUCCUCAAGAACCCAUUAGUUCUUCCAACAGAACUCGGACACGUUCAAAUUGCUCCAAACAUGAAGGAACACAAGAACUUCCAAGAGGAGAGAGAACUCAUCCAACACAUCUCCAACCAUUACUACAAUGGUCAGCUCGACCCAGAAUACGAAGAUAUCUGCUCUGGCCGUGGUCUUCCAUUAGCUUACCAGUUCUACCACCAGAAGAAGACGGGAGAACUUCUUCCACUCGAACAAAUUGAUGCUGGCGAAGUUGCUAAGAAGGCUAUCGCCGGUGAGGAAGAUGCUCAUCUUGCUCUCAAGGCCCACUACAUCUUCUAUCUCAGAGCUGCCAAGGCUAUCGCCACAUCUCUUUCUUGCGAAUCAUGCGUUCUUUCCCUCGAUAACCAGGUUAAGAACCACGCAUUCGUUAUGAAGAUCAUGAAAGAACUCGAAGAGGAAUUCUACGAAUUCAUCAGACCAGACUGGAUGAAUGGACUUCGUGUUUACAGCCAGAAGGCAAUUCGUAACUUCAAUAUCCUCGGAACAGAUUAUAUGGCUCAUGCUAUUGCCAAUAAGCCAGAAUAA